GGAGCAGCCGCACACUUCCUCAAAACACUGGAACAUCAUCAAACCUGACGAACUUUACUCCGCUCGACAUUUAUUGGCCCACCUUUGAAACUUCUCUUGAGAUAAUAUGUAACAGCAAAGCGCCGUAUCAUAUCACUUUAGCGUUCCAUGCACGCGUAUCGAUGGAGUUGUAAUUUGGACGGAUUUGGUUCAGACUUCAGCUAAGCGCGGAAACAAUGGUUUCCAUCGGGAAGUUGAUCCUCGGAGUCUUCGGCGUAGCAGUGGUUGUCAUUUUAAUAGCAGUACCCACGGCUAUAUAUCUGAAUGAGGAGCAGGCGGGCAACAGCAGAUCCUUCACUCUGGAGGAUGUCUUUAACAGCACUCUGAAACCAAAGUCUGCCAGCUUGGAGUGGAUCUCAGAUCACGAGUAUCUGAGUAAAUCUGGGGACUCUAUCUUUCUCCAGGACGUCCUCACAGGACAGUCCUCAGUGUUUUUGAGCCAAGACAAGUUUGAUGAAAGAGAUGCUGAUGACUACCAGCUGUCGGCUGACCGCAAAUAUGUUGCAUUCAUGAGCAAUCAUUCCAAGAUAUGGCGGCAUUCAUUUUUAGCUUCAUAUUCCCUUUAUGACAGGGAAUUAGAGAAAUAUAUCACACCCUCUGACCUGCCGGAUGAAAUCCAGUACUUCUCCUGGGCUCCUGAAGGGAACAAACUGGCCUUUGUUUGGAAAAAUAAUGUGUAUGUAAAGACCAGCCCUGGGUCGCCCGCCAAGCAAGUCACUUUCAACGGCGAGUGGAAUUUGAUUUUGAAUGGGAUCCCCGACUGGGUGUAUGAGGAGGAGAUGUUCUCCUCCAACCGAGGCCUCUGGUGGUCCCCUGGAGGGAAGUACGUGGCUUAUGCUGAGUUCAACGACACAGAGGUCCACAACAUAGAGUACACCUGGUAUGGGCAGGACCAGUACCCCACAACUGUUUCCAUUCCAUAUCCAAAGCCAGGUACUCCCAACCCUAUUGUGAAGCUGUUUGUUGUGGACACUGACAAUACGACAACAAUUACUGAGGUUGUUGUUCCAGCCCUUUUCAGCUCUAGUGAGCACUACUUGGCCACUGUUACCUGGGUGACAGAUGAACGUAUUGCUGUCCAAUGGCUGAAGAGAGUCCAAAACCACCUCAUCCUCCAGAUCUACAAUGUUAAUGGACUCAAGUGGGAUCCUGUUGAGAAACUGGAGGUGAAAAGUGAAAAAGGUUGGAUCGGACGGUUCUCUCCACCAGAACCAGUUUUUGCUGCAGACAAAAAAAGCUACUACCUGUUGAUGAGCGACACCAAAAAGUACAAACACAUCCAUCAUGUGGUCGGGGGCACAGCUACGCCUAUAACCUCUGGAAAAUGGGAAGCUGUUGACAUCCUGAAAGUAACUGAAGACAGUGUAUAUUACUCAAGUAACCAAGAGGCCGGGCAGCCAGGAGGAAGGAAUGUUUACAAGUGGACCAAAGAAACGCACACUUGUCUAACAUGUGCGAUAGGUGGAGAUAACUGUCAGUAUAAUUCCGCCUACUUCAGCCAUAAUGCCUCCUUCUACCGUAUGCGCUGCAGUGGUCCUGGCAUUCCUUUCCAUGCUCUCAUGGAUAACAGGAAUAAUAAAGAGAUAAAAGUUUUGGAGGACAAUAAAGCAUUUAGCAGCCUGAUAUCUGACAUCCAAAUGCCCACCAGGAGUCGAGGCUUCCUCAACGUUGCAGGACACAAACUCUGGUACCAGAUGCUGUUGCCUCCAGGCUUUGACAAAUCCAAGAAGUACCCUUUACUGAUAGAUGUGUAUGCUGGUCCCUGCAGUCAGAAAGCAGACUUUUACUACGGGGUGGGCUGGGACACCUACUUGGCGAGCACAGAGAAAAUCAUCGUCGCAAGCUUUGACGGAAGAGGAAGCGGUUACCAAGGCGACGAGAUAAUGCACGCAAUCUACAAAGGUCUGGGAACCUAUGAGGUGGAAGAUCAGAUAACAGCAGCCAGGAAAUUUAUCGAAAAGGGCUACAUUGACAAAGACAGAGUUGCUAUUUGGGGCUGGUCUUAUGGUGGAUAUGUGACGUCAAUGGUAUUGGGAUCUGGAAGUGGAGUUUUCAAAUGUGGAAUGGCGGUUGCUCCAGUGUCCAAAUGGGAAUAUUAUGAUUCCAUCUACACCGAGCGUUACAUGAUGGAGCCUUCACAGAACUCUUUGGCCUACACUAACUCGACCGUAACUGAAAGGGCCAAGAAUUUCCGUGCAGUGCAGUAUCUACUGGUUCAUGGAACCGCUGAUGAUAACGUUCAUUUCCAGCAGGCAGCUGAGAUCUCUGAAGCUCUGGUGGAGGCGCAGGUUGACUUUGAGGCGAUGUGGUACACAGACAAGGAUCAUGGGCUUACAGGCGCAGCCAAUAAACACGUCUAUACCCACAUGAGCCACUUCCUAAAGAGGUGCUUUGCUUGAAGUCCGCCUCAUGUGAAUAAAAAGGGAUACUUCAUUUGAUUUGAAAGGCACAUUUCGUUAUUAAUGCCAGGAAA